AUUCCUUUAUUGGCAAGUCUUUGGGGUUCGGGCAGACCAAGUGAGACGCUGUCUGUGCGAGGUGUAGUCCGGCUAUAAGAUUGCUAGACAUCCUGUUUCCAGUCAGCUACCGAGUAAAUAAAUAAUGGGUGUGGAAAUUGAAACAAUAUCUCCGGGUGAUGGAAGAACAUUUCCGAAGAAAGGCCAGACAUGCGUUGUUCAUUAUACAGGCAUGCUACAGAAUGGAAAGAAGUUUGAUUCCUCAAGAGACCGAAACAAACCUUUCAAAUUCAAGAUCGGCAGACAGGAGGUGAUCAGGGGCUGGGAGGAAGGAGUGGCGCAGAUGAGUUUGGGCCAGCGAGCCAAGCUAACCUGCACACCAGACGUGGCGUACGGCGCUACAGGGCAUCCUGGAGUGAUCCCGCCCAACGCCACUCUCAUCUUCGACGUGGAGCUCCUCAAGCUGGAGUGAGCGGAGGACGAGGGGUUUCCUGCUGUUUGUUCUCCUUUGAGUCUCAUCUCACAACCCUUUAGUAUCUUAAACAUUUUACUUACCAUCCUUUCUGCUUCGUUGCCAACCGUGUCAUUAGAUGCUGAUGUUGUUUUGGAUCGGGUUUUUUUUUAAUUUCAGUGCCGUUUUUUUUGUCUUUUUAUCGUAUUGAUUCUGUACUUGGCUUCUUUGUUUAACAUGUUUAUAUUACCAAAAGCGUUUUGUUCUCGUUUAAAGGUUGUACAUUUUAUUGAAUCUGCAAAUGACUUAAAACAAAGACGGAACUAUAUAUAUAUACAAAAAUAUAUUGAAACCACUGCCUUACUUUCCAUUGAAACAUGGAAGCAGAGAGUAACUGUGUCCAGCAUUCUGUACCAUAAUGGGCAUUAACAACCACUCAAACUGCAUUGCUUCUUUGAAUUAGAGAAUAUCCUAAUUUUGAGAAUGGUAUUGCUGUAUUUAGUUUCUAAAAUGCCCCUCUUUGGAAAGGAUCCUGUAGUCAAUGUCAUUGUAAAAGCACAGCAAAAACGUGUAUGGCACAAUGUAGAUUUGCUUUGCCUGACAUGGUCAGUAGGGAUGCUAACCAUCUAAUGAGUUAACCUCUUACAAUAGAAAAUAUGCAUGUUAAAAAGCAGUGCUACUGAAUUUAAAGUGAGGGUGUGGAGAUCUGUUUUUCUCAGCUGAGAUGCUGGCUGUCUUGUGCGAGCUUCUUGUGCCACACUGACUACCUGUACUACCCGAGCACCAGGUAAGACAGCCGACAUCUUGUUAGAGACGCUUUUCACCUUUUGGGAUGGGUCUUCUUUCACCCAAGUCCUAAGAUUUACUGUAACAGACCUAAUGAAAUUAACAAAAUUUUUACGUAUUCUAUCAUCAAACAAAAAGAACCACCAUACUGUAACUGAUUUUUUUACGUGGAGUGUUCACAAAGCCAUAUCCUCUGAAGUGUCACCAGUUCCAUUUUAUCCGGAAUCGUAAGUCUUACAAAACUUGAAAUAAACAACCAAAGAAACUUAGCAGAUCAAUGUGUAUUUCUAGUUUUGUAACAAUAAGCAGCUGUUUGAUGAACACAGUGGCAGGGACUGUGCUUUGGAGUAAAAGGCCUUGUGGAUUUCCCCUUUGUAUGUACUGUCUAAGGCCUAGGCUCUCCUUCUGCAGCUAGGGUGCUUAUGCUCUUGCUUUUUCAGCUUAUAAUUAGUGCACUACUCUGCAUGAUUACACAAUGGCAAAUGGAGAAAAGGCUGCUGAAGUUCAAGCACAGGAAUGACGUGGUAAACCUGUUACCGUGCGCAUUCAUCCACAGUAAACGUUUUUUUUUAUAGCCGACAUUGCUGGCUUGCAAAUCUCCAGGUGGUGUGAAGUGUUGAACAGAAAUGUGACAUUUUGGAAUGCAUUUUGUGAAGCUUUGUGGGCAAGAAUAAAACCACCAUGAAUAAGAAAUCUA